ACUCUAGACGAAAUCAUUAGUAAAGCAAAUGCAUUGGAGGUUGUAACUCGACAACUAGAACAAUUUAAAACAAUAAAUACGAAAGAUGGAAACAAUUUUAACAAAGCAGAAAUUAAUGAAAUUAAUGACAAGAAAAGAUAUAAUAAAUAUUUACAAAAACAAUCAUCAAACACAAAAUGUUCUAGAUGUGGAAGCUCUUCCCAUUUUUCUAAUGACACAAAAUGUCCAGCAAAAGAUAAAAGAUGUGUAAAGUGUGGUUUCAUCGGUCAUUUCCAUGAACAUUGUAGGACCCGACAGAAAAGAAAAUUUUCAAACAGCAAGACAGAGACGACACACAAAAAACCAAGACUAGGAACCAAAAAAGACGCUGAUAGAACUGAAAUUGACUACAUUUUCAACCUGGAUGAAGAAGGAAAUACAAAAAGUAAGGCAGAUGAAGUAGAAGAGAAGGAAAUAGAUAAGUCCCGAAUUGAGUAUAUUUUCCAUCUAGAUGAAGACGAAACUAUUAAGUGCAAUUUAGGGGGAGUUAGCGUUGACAUGUUAAUAGAUUCAGGAAGUAAAUGCAAUGUUGUUACUGACAAAACAUGGCAAUUCUUAAAAGAUAACAGCGUAAAAAUUUCUAAUCAAGUACGCAAACCUAAUAAGACACUUAUUUCCUACGGCAGUAAAGAACCCUUGGACAUUAUGGGCUCUUUUGAAGCGGACAUUUCAGUGGGUAGUCAUAAUAGUAUAAAAUGCACUGUUUAUGUCAUCAGAAACGGUACACGUGAUCUAUUGGGCAAAGAAACUGCGAUUCAAUUAGGCAUACUUAAAAUUGGACUUCAAAUUAAUGCUGUUAGCAAUGAUGUACCUUUAGAAAAAGCUUUUCCGAAGUUCAAAGGAGUGACUGUCCAGAUUCCAAUAGACCAAAAAGUUAAACCAGUCAUUCAACCAUACAGAAGGGUUCCCAUCCCUUUAGAAGAAAAGGUUGCUAGGAAAUUAAAGGAACUUAAAGAAGCAGAUAUUAUCGAGGAAGUAAAUGAACCUUCACCGUGGGUAUCACCGAUGGUUCCGGUUCUCAAAGAAGGACAAGAAGAGGCAAAUCACCCUCGGAACUAUUUUAUAAAAGACAAUUUAGAGACAAGAUUCCGGCAGCACCAGAUAUGGAAUACAAAACAAUAGAUGAAGAAGUGAGAGACAGAGAUCUACAAAUGAAAGAAAAAGGAAAAGAGUAUGGGGAUCUUAAAAGGAAAGCGACAGAUAGCAACUGCGAAAUAGGGGAAAAAGUAUUGGUAAAAAAUGUAAUUAAAAAUAAUAAGUUGACCUCCAAUUUCAAUCCUACUACCCAUACAAUAACGGAUGUGAAUGGUGGCGAUAUUAGUAUUCGAAAUGAUGAAACCGGGAAAGAAUAUCGGCGUAACAUAGUGCACUUAAAGAAAGUAAAUGAUUCAUGGACUGUAGUUGGUCAAAAUAAUAAUAAUGAUGAUUUAGAGAGCAAUGACUGUCAAGGGUCAUUAAAUUGAACUUAUGAUAUUGUUAACUAGGCUAUUAUGAUUGUUAUACCAAUUUAAAAUGAAGUAAAAUCUAGUUUGUUUUGUUUAUUUACAGAGAUUAUGUAAUAAUGAUACUUAUAUUAUUAGACUAGUUGUUAUAAAAAAUUAAGUUGUAAGGUUAAUGAACUCUGAUUGUGAUUUUGAAAUUAUGUGUUCAAAUUAAUUAAAAUAAAGAAGGGAUGUAGUGUAUGCGCGGGCGCCCGGCGUGAAGUCAGUCGUGCAACAACCGUGGCCGCGAGCGUACGCGUCCAGUGUCCCGCAUAUACUAGAUUCACUCCAGUCUAAAA